UGUAAGGAGUUUAAUCUUACUGUGUUUAAAAAACAUUGUUACUACAUGACCAUUCAUGAAUUUCGAUGGAAGUAUUUUUGUGUUUAUUCUUAUAGUAUAUUCAUUCUUUACAACAUGUACAACUGGAGCAGAUGUUCAUGAUAAUACAGAAUCGGAAAAUAAAACUGUUAAUAUCAAGUUUUCAAAUACAUUUUAUUCUAUUAGUUGCCAACUUGCCGAUUAUCAACAUACUAAUGUCUAUUGGAUUAAGUUAUCAAAAGAAAUAAAUGGAAGUUAUUGGGAUAUUGUAGAUGUUCAUAGAAUUGGAGAAAACAAUGAUACAAAAUGGUUUCCAGGCACGGACAUUCCAUCAAGAUCUUCCAAUUAUGGUUCAGAUUUAAACAAUGCCAAAUUAGUUUUAAAUUUACAUUCAAAUGCCAUCAAGGAAUCUGACAAUGGAGUUUACAAAUGUAAAAUUAAUACAAUGAAUGGUGUCUAUAGCGAUACGUUGGAAGUUGAUUGGAGAGGAGGCAAUGACAACUCAUCUGUCAGACCUACGGAAUCAGUUUUACUGUACCUCGCUGCUUUUUUGCUGUUAAAAAGCAAUUUGUAUUAGCAUAAGACACAACGACAUUUUCAACCAAGGAAAAAUAGGUCGAGCAUACAGAUUCAAAGACAAUUCGAAAGGUUACGUUUUUUACACUGUGUGGUUAGUCAAAUGCUAUGUGAGAACCGUUUGUGUAAACUGCAUUGUAAACAUCAGAUAUCCUUCAUGUAUUUGUCAUAUCUGGCAUUGUGAUAAUUAUUAAGCAUUUACUUUUUUUCUUCAUCUAUUUAUAAUUAUUUAU